AUGGGCGGUGCAGCAGCAGCGAGCGCCGUGCUUGGUGCCGCCGAUGCCACUCGCGUGCGAAAAGCCCAAGAGACACAUUCGGGGACACGUGCAAUGGUUUGCAUCGUCCCCCGCGUCUCCUUCGUCACCAUUCCCUCCAAGGCACAUCUGCUCUUCAGGCCGACUGGUCUGUGGCUGCUGCCUGCGCGUUACCUUACAGCCGACAACACCGACGACACAUAUCGUCCCCGAGAGAGGUCCCGAUCUCCGCGUCGAGGCCGUUCGCGAAGCCCCGGUCGUUCCACCACAGCAAGGCGCCGCUCCUUCUCACCCCGUAGCCGCUCCCGUAGCAGGGGAGACGAUUACCGCGGACGCCGAGACCGCUCUCCCAUGUCUGGAACGGGCGCACCUGCCGGAGGAUCCACCGGCGGAUACGGAGGUCCUCCGCAACAUCGCUCCUACGAAGAACGCGCCGUCGCCCGCGAACAGAUGAUGAGCAACAUUCGCGACAGCUCCCAGCAGGACCGCCGCGUCUAUGUCGGCAACCUCUCCUACGACGUCAAAUGGCAUCACCUCAAGGACUUCAUGAGACAGUCUGGAGAGGUUCUCUUUGCCGAUGUGCUACUACUUCCUAAUGGAAUGUCGAAGGGAUGCGGAAUUGUGGAAUACGCGACACGGGAACAAGCCCAGAACGCUGUGGCAACCCUCAGCAACCAGAACCUUAUGGGCCGACUCAUCUACGUCCGCGAGGACCGCGAAGCGGGAACCCCGAUUCAUUGGCGCCACUGCGACCCGUGGUGGCUACGGCGGUCCUGGCGGCCCCGGCGGCCACGGCGGCAUGAACCCUGGUGGCUUUGGUGGGCCCGGUGGUUUCAAUGCCCGGCGGUGGCGGCGGCGGGCGGCCGUCAGAUCUACAUCACCAACCACACUGUAGCUGCCCUACACGGUGGAUGGCAGGAUCUCAAGGAUCUGUUCCGACAGGCCGCACGUAACGGCGCUGUGAUUCGCGCCGAUGUCCACCUUGGCCCUGAUGGUCGCCCCAAGGGCACCGGUAUCGUCAUGUUCGAGAGUCCUGACGAUGCUCGCAUUGCCAUUGAGCAGUUCAAUGGCUACGAUUGGCAAGGACGCCUUCUGGAAGUUCGCGAAGACCGUUUCGCUGGAGCUGGCGGACCCAUGGGGUUUCGGGCGGCCGUGGCGGCUUUCGGCCGGCGGCAUUGCGCGGAGGCUUCGGGCGGCGGGCUUUGGCGGUCGCGGCCGGCUUCGGCGGUUCCGCGUGGCGGCUUCGGUGGCGGCUUCGGCGGUGGCCGCGGUGGUUUCGGUGGAGGCUUCAACGCCGGCGGUGCGCCCGGCGGCCCCGGCGUGAACCCUGGCGCGUCCGUGCCCCCCAACCCGUUCACCGACUACGCCACGGCCGGCACCGACAAGAGCGAGGUGAUCUACGUGCGCAACCUUCCCUGGUCUACUAGCAACGAGGAUCUCGUCGAGCUCUUCACCACCAUCGGCAAGGUUGAGAAGGCCGAGAUCCAGUACGAGCCAAGCGGUCGCUCCCGCGACACUGGUGUCGUGCAGUUUGAUGCUGCUGACACGGCCGACACCGCCAUCCAGAAGUUCCAAGGAUACCAGUAUGGUGGACGCCCUCUGGGCCUGAGUUUCGUCAGAUACCUGAGCCCCCCCGGUGCCGGUGGCGACAGCAUGGAUACAGAUGCCCAUGCCGGCCUGACCCAGGACCAGAUCAUGUAA